UAAAAUGGAAUUUUUCGAGAGCUUACCGGUUCAGAAACGAGAGUCGCAAGUAAAAGUGAUCACUGUGAUCAGUUUAUUCAUAACAUUUGUGCCUGAUAAAGAUUCGGAUUCGCAAUAUUUACCAGAAGUUGCUAUUCAGAUCUGUUCGGUUAUAGCUUUGGCGUUUUUGGAUUUGGUGGCUAUAGGGUACAUUUAUAAUUGCAAAGGUGAUUUAGUGGGUUCUGGUGUUAUUAUAGUAUCAUUAUUCGGGAUUGCUUUGCAGCAAGAUGAUGUGAUUGUGCAUUGGGUGGCUUUGGGUCUUGGAAUUACAACUGCUAUACUUAUGGUUAUUUAUUAUAUUAAGAAAUAUUAUAGACCAAGUGAGGAACAG